AGAAUAUGGCUCGACCUCUUCCUCUGAACCCAACUUUCCUACCUCCAACCUACGGCGUGCUGAAGUCUCUGCUGGAAAACCCUCUCAAGCUACCGCUGCAUCAUGAAGACGCAUUUUGUAAAGAAAAAGACAAAGAAAAAAAGCUGGAUGAUGACAACGGCAGUGCCACUGUGCCACAGUCGGCUUUCUUGGGUCCUACAUUAUGGGACAAAACACUUCCCUACGAUGGUGACACUUUCCAGUUGGAAUACAUGGACCUGGAAGAAUUUCUCUCGGAAAAUGGCAUUCCACCCAGCCCUGCUCAUCAUGACCACAGCCCACACCAACCAGCUCUCCAGCAAGCUACCUCAACAGCACCUUCUGUCAUGGACCUCAGCAGCAGAGCAUCCACGUUGGUUCACUCGACCAUGGUCUCUCAAAACUGCAUGCAGACUCCAGUCAGGCCAGGUGCAAUCUUGCCCACAAAUCGUAACACACCAAGUCCCAUCGAUCCCGAGUCUAUUCAGGUUCCCGUGGGGUACGAACCAGACCCUGCUGAUCUUGCCCUUUCAAGCAUUCCUGGCCAGGAGAUAUUUGAUCCUCGCAAACGCAAGUUCUCUGAGGAAGAACUCAAGCCGCAGCCAAUGAUUAAGAAAGCCCGCAAGGUCUUCAUUCCAGAGGAUCUGAAGCAGGAUGACAAAUACUGGGCAAGGCGUCGAAAGAACAACAUGGCUGCCAAGCGUUCAAGAGAUGCCCGGAGGCUGAAGGAGAACCAGAUUGCCAUCCGUGCCUCAUUCCUGGAGAAGGAGAACUCAGCGCUGCGCCAGGAGGUGGCAGAUUUACGGAAAGAGCUGGGCAAGUGCAAGAACGUGCUGGCCAAGUACGAAGCCCGGCACGGUCCUCUGUAA